UUUAAAAUAAUCAACUAUAGUGAAGACAAGAAUAAAAAACAAGAAUAGAAAAACAGAUCCUUUUUUUGUCUAUCGAUACAGUGUAACUGAUGCACCAAGAUGAAAAAAGAAAAGAAAAAUUGGCUUAUCAAGAGUAAAAAAAAAAACAAGGGAGGAUGUAGUCCACUUUAUGUUUCCAGUCCCUCGUUUACUUUACUGCACCUUCUUUUUUCCUUCCUUCCUUUCCUUUUCUUUUUUUGGGAUGCAACAUUCUCGCGUACUACUACUAUCGGCUACACUGUAGCUUGCCUUUUUCGUCCCUUCUUUUGUAAAAACCAAGAAAAAUUUAAAGAACGACGCAAUAUGCCUCAGUCACAUGAGGUAAUCGCUCAACAAAAUUAUUUAUAUUUUUCCACACUUUUUCUUUCAACUGUUUCUUGCCUUCCUAUUGUUCCUAAAUAGGUCAUUGGCAUUUGCCUUUUACGGACCAGCGCAAAAAAAGACAAAUAAAACACAGACACAGACACGCUUAACUCGGAAAUUCAUAGAAAAAAACACUCCGACAACUAUAAAUAAAUAAAAAAAUGUAAAUUACGAAACAAUAAAUAAUAAAAAAUAAAAAAUUAGAAAUUAGAAAUGAACAAAUUGGAAACGCUCCCGCCCAUUAUUCAUAUUGCCGAUGAUAUUGUUGUUGCUGCUGUUGC